UUUAUAUAAUGUAUAAAGGGGCCAAAAGAUUGCGUGCGCUGCAAUUUGCACCCUGGAGGGAAGAGUUAUUUAUAAUUUGAAGUCUGUUAUUGUUAAUGCUUUGUUAUUUAAGAAUUUACCUAUGCAUAACGUAAUUUUGAAAGCUGCAAAGCGGUUUCAUACAAGGAAACUAUUUAUUUCUGGUCAAUCAGAAUUAAAAUUUUCUUCUUCACCUGUAGUAAAUGAUAUUACAUCAAUUACUAUGACUGCUGAAGAGAAAGAUAUAGAAUUUGAAACAAUUCAAUCUGAAUUUUAUACAUUAACAUGGUUAUAUAAAAAUGCUCCUUGCUUUGCCAUAAAUGGAUCUAAGAUUAAAGUAAUUCAUGAACCAAGUGUAUUUUAUUCCACUCUUGUACAAAAGUGUAAAAAUGCAAAGAAGAGAAUAACAUUUGCAUCAUUAUAUUUAGGCACAGGAAAAUUAGAAUCUAAUUUAGUAAAUGCUGUAAAUGAAGCUUUAAUUACAAGUAAUGGUAAUGUUGAAGUUAAAAUUUUGAUAGAUUUUAUGAGGGGAUCUAGAGGUAAAUUAAAUUCUCGUAAAAUGUUGGAACCAUUACUUAAUGGAAAACAUGGUCAUUGUUGUCAGAUUUUUUUGUAUCAUACUCCAAAACUUCGUGGGUUCUUGAAAAUGAUUACACCAGAUCGUUUCAAUGAAUUGAUAGGAUUACAACAUAUGAAAUUGUACAUGAUAGACAAUGACAUAAUAAUUAGUGGUGCUAAUCUUAGCAAUGACUAUUUUACAAAUAGACAAGAUCGUUAUUUUGUGAUUGAAGAUUGUGAAGAACUUUGUGAUUUUUAUGAUGAGCUAGUCCAAAGAGUGGGAGAAUUUAGUUUUGUACUUAAACCUGAUGGAAAUACAGUAUUAAAUCCUGCUCUGAAAGUCAAUCCUCUUAAGGAUCCUAUUACAUUCAUUGAAAAAGCUGCACAUAGUGUGAAAGCUUUGUUCCAGAGAGAAUUAGAAGAAUAUUCUGAUCCUGAAAAAAUAGCAAAAGAUUUAGAUGUAGAUACUUGGAUUUUUCCUUCGGUACAGAUGGGUCAAUUAAACAUUUAUCAUGAUAGCCAGAUAACAUUGAAACUUUUACAGACAGCUCCGCCAGGUACAACAAUCAAAUUAGCAACUGGUUACUUUAACUUAACUUCAGAGUACAGUGAAGCAUUGCUUAAACACUGUCAAGGAACAUGUCAUUUGUUGACAGCACAUCCGACUGCUAAUGGUUUCUUUACUGCAAAAGGCAUUGCUGGUUGCAUUCCGGCAGCAUACACAAAAAUAGAGGAGGCAUUUGUUAAAUACUGUAACAAGUUAGGACAACAAAAUAGAGUAAUUUUGUGGGAAUUUAUUAGGCCAGGAUGGACGUAUCAUGCUAAAGGACUUUGGUAUUCUUUACCAGAGCAAGAAAAGCCUUGUCUCACGCUUAUUGGAUCCCCUAAUUUUGGUUACAGAUCUGUUAACAAAGACUUGGAAACUCAAAUUACUAUUAUAACCAAGAAUAGAAACUUACAAAAUGAAUUACAAAGAGAGCAUGAACGUUUGUUUUCAUGCGCAAAACGUGUAACAAAUAAAACAUUUUUUGAACGGGAUAGAAUUCCUCCGAGUUGGGUAUGUGCUGUCGUUGUUCUGUUUCGAUAUUAUUUUUAGUAUUAUGUCUGUUUAAUGUUUACCAUUUAUAAUCUAAGUCAUAAUUCGUAGACCGGUGGCAAUCGUUUUCUAAUACAAAUAAUCAUAUGAAUUAAAGCUAUAAAAAAGAAUAUUAUAAUUUAUGUUAUUAAUUUACAAAAUUUUCUUCAUUUAUCAUUUACAUCGUGUUUAAAUUAUGAGAAAUAUAUAAAUUAAUAGAUCUCUUUCUAUUUAUAAAUAUAUGAAACUAAAUAAAUCGAGCUAUAUGGGUUUGAUAAAUAAAAAAGUACGUCAUAUA